AAGUUAUUAACUGGUGAAAGCUUGGUGUGUUCUACGUAUGUUGUGUUCGAGCUCUUGGGAAAUAAACUUUGUUGCGAAAGUUGGACGGUAGGUAGAUAUUAUUAAAAUGUCUAUUGUUAUGGAUGAAAGCAAUGACAGUGUACUGCACGAAUAUGAAGAAUAUGAACCAUGCAUUUGUAUCGUGUGUUUCCAAGAGUUCGAGCAUUUUGAUGAAUUAGAAGAACAUUGCCAAACUCACAAUGGUGGAAAACCUCCUUGUUGCGAAAUUUGCAAUCAAAGUUUUUUAAAUGAAGCUGAUCUGAAUGAGCAUCAAGCUGUUCACUUUCCUGACAAGCCGUUCGUUUGCGAUGUUUGUGGUAAACUAUUUAAAACUCGUAAUAGCUUCAGAGAACAUUAUACAACGCAUACCGGGGACAGGCGUCAUGUCUGUGAUAUAUGCAGUAAAAGCUUUUCUCACUUGAAGACCUUAAAAAAUCAUUAUAUAACUCACACUGGAGAAAAGCCGUAUAUAUGUAACAUAUGUAAUAGGAGCUUUACUCAAAGAACAAACCUCAAAAGACAUUACUUAAUACAUGCAGGGGAAAACCCACACAUGUGCAAUAUAUGCAAUGAAAUGUUUUCAGAACCUGAUGCCCUUAAAGAACAUUAUCUGUCACACACUGGAGAGAAGCCUAUUUGUGAUGUGUGCAACAAGCAGUUUGCCGACGUGAGUUGCCUAAAUAAGCAUUACCGUGUGCAUUCAAGUGAAAAACCUCAUACAUGCAAUGUUUGCAAUAAAGGUUUUGUGCUGAAACAACAUCUGCGUCUGCACUACAUGACACACACGGGCGAAAAACCUUUCAUGUGCAACAUCUGCUAUAAAGGUUUUUCGACCAAUAGUGGAUUGAAAUCUCAUCGGCAGAGCCACAUGGACGAGAAACCGUACGAAUGUGAUAUUUGUCACAAAAAGUUUAGAGAUAAGAAAUAUUUUAGAAAACAUUAUCGAAUGCAUGGCACAGGGAAUGCUUCAUGAUAUGAAAGCUGUACAUUUACAAAAUAGUUAGAGUUGGCAUCAUACACAUACUCAUUUGUGCUUACAAUAUGAACAAACAGCGCAAUUUAUUACACGAUUAGUUCUUUUUUAGGGGUAUAUUGAGGUGUGUGAAUCAAUGGCAUUUAUUAUCUGUUUGGUGGAUUUACAUUUUAGAAUGUACAAGUUUAGUUUGAUACAAGAAGAUAUUGCAUGAAUGAAUAACUGACAGCCUAGCAGACUCAUUUUGAAGGAGUUUAUAACAACUGUAGAGUAAUUUUUUAAAAAACAGAAAAGUUUAUACUUUUUUUAUUUUCUUCUGUAUUUAACUGUUUCAACUCACAUAAUAUAUCAGAUUUUUAUAAAUCAAAUCUGAAUCGGGAGGGGGGGAAUAUUAUUUAGUAUCAUUCCUAUUUUGUUAUGCUCAAAAUAACAAAAAUUAUUUAAGGAAUUCAGAAAAAUGCCGAAACAAUACUUUCCUUUAGGAAGUGACCUUUAUGCUUUUGUAUUUUUCACAAAUAUAAGUUAUUAAGUUGGUAAUAUGUACUCUUUCAUGUUUUUUGCUGAAAUGUAUAUAGUCUGACCAAGAAAUGUAAAUUAUAAAUUUUGAUUUGUAAUAUGUUCAUAUUUUGAUACUUUUAAAACAAAAAUUACUUUCUUUUUUUUUUUUUUUUUUUUUUUUUUUUUUUUUUUUGACACAGUUUGUAAGGCUUCUACAAUUCCUCUGGAAAAUUUGGCUACAAACUUUUUUAAUUAUGUUUUUCAUCAAAAUUCUUUGCUAACUGCUUCAGCAUAUAAAAAUAAAACAGCUGUAGAACAAA